AUGAAUAAAUUAGUAGCAGAAUCUAUUUCUAUUCAUUUGAUAGAUUUAAAUUCAUUAAACAAUAAUAAAGUAAAACAUGUAGUGGUUACUUUUAUUUUAUUAAAUAAUUUAGCAAAUAUUUAUUAUUUGAAUCAACAUUUUACUUUAUUACUUUAUUUGAGUACUAAAAAGUAUUAUACUUUAUAA